ACUGUGUGCCUCGCUUCAACGCUCUCAUUUGGGUAAUUCUGCUAUCGCUGUCGACCAUACACCUUCUCCACAUAACGUCCAGCAGACUGCUCGUUGACUGUGUCUACGCAAUUUUAUUCGCAAUAUGGCUGGUCCAGCUGGCAGCAAACGGGAUGCUGAUCAUCUCAAAACCCAAGUCGCAGACCGAAAGAAGCCCAGGACCAACGGUAGCAUCACUUCCUUUUUCGGCAUUCCGAAAACUACAGUCUCGGUUGAAACCAUACCGUCGACCAGGCCUUCAUCCAACUUCGAUAAGCAAAAGUGGGCGGCAUCAUUGACUCCUGAGCAAAAAGAGCUCCUUCAAUUAGAAAUUGAGACUUUAGACGAGAGUUGGUUAGCGCAACUUAAGGAUGAGGUCGUGAAACCCGAAUUCCUAGCUUUGAAGCGCUUCCUACUGAAAGAGAAGCGGGCCGGGGUCAAGAUCUUUCCCCCAGAGGAAGAAAUAUAUUCUUGGUCGCGCCAUACCCCUCUCCACAGGGUCAAGGCAGUAGUCAUUGGGCAGGAUCCUUAUCACAACCAUAAUCAAGCCCAUGGUCUGGCUUUUUCUGUCCGACCUCCAACACCAGCCCCUCCGUCCCUUGUCAAUAUAUACACCGGUAUCAAGAAUGACUACCCCAAUUUUCAGCGACCACCGAACAAAGGAGGCCUUCUGACGCCUUGGGCGGAACGUGGGGUACUACUACUCAACACAUGUCUCACAGUCCGUGCACAUCAAGCUGCCAGUCACUCGAACAAAGGCUGGGAACAAUUCACACAGAAAGUCAUCGACUUAGUGACCCGAGUCCGCACUCGUGGCGUUGUGUUCUUGGCGUGGGGCACUCCGGCCGGAAAAAGGGUGACGGGAAUCAAUAGAGAGAAACAUUGCGUCCUACAAUCGGUUCAUCCAAGUCCGCUAAGCGCAUCCAGGGGCUUUUUCACCAAUCAGCAUUUCAAGAAAUGCAAUGAAUGGCUAUCUGAUCGGUAUGGACCGGACGAGAUUAUCGAUUGGAGUUUAAGCUCCGAGAAUAGGACAAGUAACCCUCUCGCCCAUACCCAGGCUCCUGCUUCAAACGAGUCAAAUAUUCAGGAAGACCUUGCGGUGAAAUCAACCCACCAUUCCAAGCAACAAUUUAAUGGUUUGGAGCCCUCAAUUCCGGCCAUAACUGCCGACGAAUUUGAUGAAGAUUUGGAUGCAUUGGAGAUCUUGGCGGCAGCAGAGUCAACCACUUAAACCUCGGGAAUAAUGGCAAAACGUUUUUACCACAGAUGCUAUGUUGGCUGGAAUGCCCCUAAACAAGAGUUAAGGAUUAUAUUCCGUAUCCAACAUCAUUGAGUAGGUCAUUCCAUAGUGAAUGAUAUGUGGUGGUGUUGUGAUACGGCGAGUUGAGUGACGAUUCAAAGAAAUGCUUUGCGUUUACGAGCAACGGUGGAUCGCGGCAUAGGCCUGAGCCUUGAUCUGCCAAUUUCCAAGCUCUUCAGCCUCGGGUAACCAUAGGGUCACAUGUGAUCGAUAGCUAAUGAGCAAGGGGCGCAAUACAUGACUGCAAAAGUCUUACCUAGUAAGGACAAUCAUGGCUUCGACAUCAAGACAUGCGCAAUCAUGGACCGCCUGUUCCUUUGCAUUUCCGGAGAGUUUUCUUGGCUUCUUGGUCUGCAAAGAAACUGAACCGAACUAUGCAGACAUACAAGCAAUUUAGAGGUUAUGGAGCUAUAGACGAAGCCAAGACAUGC